AUGACAGAAGAACAUGAGAAUCAUAAAUUUGAAGUUACACAAACAGAAUCUAUAAUUCAACAGGAUACUCCUGCUCCUCCAAAUCUUAUUGGACGUCUACUAAAAAAAUAUGUAGUAAUUAGUAAAAUUGAUGAAGGAAGUUUUGGAGCAAUAUUUCUUGCAAAAAAAUUGACAAAAGAAAAAAUUGUUAUUGAUAAGAAUUUUAGUUGUACAGAUAUUUCUGAAGAUGAACUUGGUAAAUAUCAAGUUAUUAAAGCAGAAUCAAAUUUUACUGAAGGAGGUUGUGGUUUAAAAAUGGAAGUAGAAAUAUUAAAAAAAAUACAUCAAAUAUUUCCUGAUACGGAACAAUUUGUCAAAAUUAAUGAACCAAGUCGUAGAAAUUUGUAUAGUUAUGUUUUUAUGACAUUAUUAGGAAAAAGUUUAAAAGAUCUUGUUAAGGAUCUUCCUGACAGACAAUUUUCUAUUGGUACUUGGUCUAGAAUUGGAAUUCAAGGAUUAUUUGCUGUUAAACAAUUACAUGAAGCUGGAUAUAUUCAUCGUGACUUGAAACCAGCAAAUUUUGUUCUUGGUCAUAAAAAUGAUUCUAAAAGAUGUCGUUUUAUACAUCUUAUUGAUUUUGGUUUAUCAAGAGGAUUUAUAACUAUUAUUAAUGGGGUUAGAUGGCAUCGAAAACCUCGUAAAGUUGUUGAUUUUCGUGGUACAGAAUUUUAUUGUUCUCAAUCAAUGCAUUUUGAUUUGGAACAACAAAGAAUUGAUGAUAUAUGGGGUUUAAUAUUUACUUUAAUGGAAAUGUAUAAAGGUCUUCCUUGGUCAUUUGUUAAUCAAAGUGAAGUUGAAGCUAAGAAAAAAACAACUAAAUUAAUAGAUAUUUUAAAUUUUUUACCUACAGAAUUAGCUAAAUCACUAACAAAUCUUAAUAAUAUUGAAAGAAGAGGUAGACCAAAUUAUGAAGAGAUAUAUGAUCGAUAUGAUUGGGAAAAAGUUGUUAAUUCUAAAGCUCCAUCAAUGGAAAAAUUUGAAUGUAUGCAUGAAGAAUUUAAAAAAGAUCGUCUUAGUGAUUUAAAUAUUAUAAAAAAUGGUGAAUAUCAACAAAUUUCUAAUCGUUCAGUUAAAAACAAUACACCUUUAGAUACAAAUGUUUCAGUUUGUUUUGGCCCUUAA